CCCAGAUUUUCCCCGGACAGCCUGGGAUUGGUGGCGAGUUCAGCUCUGGCCUGGCUGCUGCUGGAGGUGCUGAGCGUCCUCCUGAGCCUUUAUUUGGUCACUGUCACCACGGACCUGACCCCCAUCGACCUCCUGGCGUUUGCUGGAUACAAAUAUGUGGGGAUGAUCGUGGGAUUGGUGGCGGGGCUGCUCCUGGGCCGGGUCGGGUACUACGUGGCCUUGAGUUGGUGUUGUUUGAGCAUUUUUGUGUUCAUGAUCCGCACGCUGAGGCUGAAGCUGCUGUCGGAGGCGGCGGCCGAGGGGGUUUUGGUGCGCGGUGCCAAAAAUCAGCUGAGGAUAUGCACCCUGGGAGCUCCUGGAGCAAUUCCAGAGGCUUUGGAUGAUUCCAGACGUUCCAGAACAUCCCCAGAUGUGCCCUCGGAGUGA